AUGCAACAGUUAUCAAUAGAAUCAUGGUUAAAGGUUAAUUUACCUAGCUACACCAAUGAUGCUGAGAUAGAUAUUUUGAUAGACUUUAUUUUAACACUACAUAGGAGUUUUGCUGAAAAGACUUCUAAUGAAUUAAUUCAAACACUUAGUGAUCAGCUCAGGGAUUAUAUUCAAAAUAGUGAGCAAUUUGCAAAAGAUUUUUGUUCUUAUGUCGUUUCAAAUAACCAACUUGCUAACUUUGAAUUGAAUCUGCUGAACCACUCUGAUAAUUUAUAUAGUAAAAGUAUUGAAAAGGUUGAUAUGAAUAAAAUUGAUAAAAUUGAUAAGAAUAGUAAGAAUAGUAAACAACAUAAGAAUAAUAACAAAAGAAAUAAAUAUAAAAAUAAAUAUAAAUAUAAAAAUAAAAACCAAAAAAAAAUUUGUUUGAAAAAUAAUAAUUAUCAUCAUACACCAAAGAGAAAUCUAUUGCGAUUAAUUUCUUUUAAUCAAGAUAAUGAUAAAGGAAAUAAAAUCAUUGUUGCAAAUGUUCCUCAGAAUAAGUUACAUGACGAGAUUAAAUUGAAGGAGUACUUUUCUGUAUUUGGACAUAUAAAACAGUUAUCAGUUAAUUAUUUUCUAAGAGUAAUUGAGAUUGAAUUUUUUGAUUCGAAUAGUGCCAAUUUAGCUUGGAGAUCUUCAAUUCCAAUAUUUGAUAAUAGGCUUAUCAAAGUUUAUUAUGCCAAAACUUUGAAAUCAGUGGAUAAUAAAGAGAAAAAACAAGAAGAAAAAGAAGAAAGAGAAGAAAGAGAAGAAAGAGAAAAUGAUGAUAAAUUAACCACUGCCAAAAAUGAACCAAUCGAUACUGAAAGUAUUGAAAGAAUUCAAUCACAAAAACAAAUUGAAUUUCUAGAUAAAAAACUAAAACAAAAACAAUUUGAGAGAAAAGUCUUUGAUUUAAUUGAUAAAAAGGAGAGUUUGGUAAAGGAGAUAAGCUUGAAAUUGAAACUUUUAAAUAACCAAGUAAACGAAAUAAUUGCCAGAGAGGGAGAUAAAGGUGAGGAGUUACCAGUUGUAAAAAAAUUAAAAUACCAGAUAAGCUUUUUAAAUGAACAAUCUUCAAAAAUUGGUCUAACUCCUGGAGUCUUUUAUGAAGAAAAAAAAAGAUUAUUUGAUUCACUUGAUUUAACAUUAGGAAGAAACUCAUCAGUUAACAAACAAUUUGAGAUAAACAAGAACAAGUACAAUUUGGAUAAUAGGCCUAAAAAGCUACUCAUCUCAUCGAAAAAUACCAUCGACGAGAAGUUCUUCAAAGAUCAUUUGAGGAAUGGUAAAUAUGGAAUUGUGGAUCUUAGUGAUCGUGCUUCUGAUAGAAAUGAUAAAAACAAAGAUAACGAAUUCAAUAAAUGUAUCACUUUAACAUUUGAAAACUACGAUUUUGCUAUGGGGUUUCUCAACAGUGUUGGGUUUAAGAGUGAGAUAGAGGCCAGUGGGUAUUUAGCAGAUCUAUGUUAA